UUAGAUGGCGAUGUUAUUUCAAAAUUCGUCAAACAACACUUUCGAUCUUAAUCUCGUAUCGUACCUAGAAUACAUAUUAUAAAUUAGACCACAAUAUUUCUAAUAUUAUCAAUAAUUUCUGUUUAAAUUUAUCAAUAAUUACUUAUUUUUACUCGACGGAAUUUUUUGAAAGGAAGGAAAACAUCAAUGUCCGAUAUGCAGUAAAACAUUUGGAAACGAACGAUAUUUACGAAGACACGCGCGAAUUCACACGGAUGACAAGCCGUUUAAAUGCGACACCUGCGAAAGUUGCUUUUUGUAUCAGAGCAAUUUAAGACGGCACCAAGCGGCGCAUUCGGAUGAAAGACCAUACAAGUGCAAUUACGAAGGAUGUAAAUGGAGCUUUAAACAAAACUAUGAAUUAAGUCGGCACGUGUACAGAAUGCAUCCUCAAGAGAUUUUAUCUAAAACGUCACCGAAUGACCCGAAGAUAGAAAGCCGUAGAUGUGAUAUUUGCGGGAAACUUUUUUAUUGUCCAGCCGCUUUAAGAAUUCACUCGAGAAGACACACCAAAGAGCGGCCAUUCUUCUGUAAAUUUUGCAACUGCACGUUUCCAUACCAAACUUCCUUAUACAAACACAUCAAAAGGAUCCACUCGAAAGAGGAAACUCUAUCUUCCUGCCAGCACGUAAAAGACGAUAUUAAAGAUGUUGUAAGCGAGAAAAAAGAAAACGAAUUUGAUCCGUGUUGUAGCGCGGCGAUUCGUUCCGAAGAAGCACAAAAUCGACGUGAAGAAAACGUCUGUGGAAUGACAAGCGACGCGUGGCGCGAUGCCCAGGUCACUGGCGAAGACAUUUACUUGGAAACAGAUGCGGAACAAUCGACGUGUUUCGAUCUGUUCCCGGAAGUGAGAAUCGAUCGAUACGAAUUGGAAUGCGUCUUGUGUCGAGUGAAGUUCGACGAUGAAGUUUCUAUGCGAGAACACGCGAAAAAGUAUCAUUAAGCCACAUUUUCAAUGAUAAAAACUUUUCACUUUACGAUUGUUUUUCUGAAAUUUUUCUUUCGAUUUUAAUCUGUCGUCAUCGGCAGGUAAAGACUUUAAAUGAGUUUACAUUUAAAUUUUAGUGACAAAAUCGCAAACGUUGUUUAAUAUUCAAAAUUGUA